AAGGCGGAAGAACGAGCAAAGGCGGAAGAACGCGCCUUUGAACAAGCAAAGGCGGCAGAACGAGCAAAGGCGGAAGAACGCGCCGUUGAACUAGCAAAGGCGGCAGAACGAGUAAAGGCGGAAGAACUCGCCUUUGAACGUGCAAAGGCGGCAGAACGAGCAAAGGCGGAAGAACGAGCAAAGGCGGAAGAACGAGCAAAGGCGGAAGAACGAGCAAAGGCGGAAGAACGAGCAAAGGCGGAAGAACGCGCCUUUGAACGAGAAAAGGCGGCAGAACGAGCAAAGGCGGAAGAACGCGCCUUUGAACUAGCAAAGGCGGCAGAACGACUAGAGGCGAAAGAACGCGCCUUUGAACGAGCAAAGGCUGAAGAACGAGCAAAGGCGGAAGAACGAGCAGAGGCGGAAGAACGAGCAAAGGCGGAAGAACGCGCCUUUGAACUAGCAAAGGCGGCAGAACGACUAGAGGCGAAAGAACGCGCCUUUGAACGAGCAAAGGCUGCAGAACGAGCAAAGGCGGAAGAGGUUGAAGAGAAAUCCACAUUGGAAGGAGUUUUGGAUGUUCUUGAAGUUGCUGGCCGAAUUAUCCUCACGCCUUUCACGGGGCUUUUUCGCUGAUGAAGUCGGUAAGGAAGUAGGAGGGACUUCAGCGGACUAAAUUUCCGCUACAGCUUCCCAACGCAGGCCUUCGCAGUAGUUCCCAUGAUCGCGAUGAGAGGUCACGCUCGUUAUAUGCCAAGCAAGC